CUCUCACACCACUCUCAAAUGGCCAAAUCACCCCAAGAUGAACAUCCAAACAAGGCUUUCGGAUGGGCUGCUCGGGAUUCUUCUGGCUUACUCUCCCCCUUUCAUUUCUCUCGAAGAGAAAAUGGUGGCGAUGAUGUGAGUAUCAAAGUCCUUUACUGUGGGGUUUGCCAUUCAGAUCUGCAUCUGCUGAAGAACGAUUGGGGUGUCACAGAUUAUCCAAUAGUCCCAGGGCAUGAGAUUGUUGGUGUUGUGACUUCUGUUGGGAACAAUGUGAACAAAUUCAAAGUGGGUGAUCAAGUAGGGGUAGGUGUCAUAGUUGGAUCUUGCAAAAGUUGCCAAAACUGUGAACAAAACUUAGAGAAUUACUGCCCCAAGUUGAUAUAUACUUACAAUGGACAUUCAUAUGAUGGAGCGAAGACUUAUGGUGGUUAUUCGGAUAGCAUCGUCGUCGAUCAGCAUUUCGUGCUCCGAUUUCCCGACAACUUACCCCUUGAUGCCGGAGCUCCACUUCUGUGCGCUGGAAUCACAAUCUAUAGCCCUAUGAAAUACUAUGGAAUGACUGAAUCUGGUAAGCAUUUGGGUGUGGUUGGACUUGGUGGGCUUGGUCAUGUUGCUGUUAAGUUUGGUAAGGCAUUUGGGUUGAAAGUUACUGUCAUUAGUACGUCUCCGAGAAAGAAGGAGGAAGCUAUUGACAGGCUCGGUGCCGAUGCUUUCGUUGUUUCGAGUGAUCCUGCACAAUUGAAGGCUGCGAUAGGGACGAUGGACUACAUUAUUGACACGGUAUCAGCUAUCCAUGCUCUUGCUCCAUUGCUUGGUCUGCUAAAGCUGAAUGGAAAGUUGGUGACUGUGGGGUUACCUAACAAGCCACUAGAACUGCCAGUUGCUGCUAUAGUGCUCGGUAGGAAGAUGGUUGGUGGAAGCAACUUUGGGGGGCUGAAAGAGACACAAGAGAUGUUGGAUUUCUGUGGUAAACAUAACAUCACAGCAGAGAUUGAGCUGAUUCGUAUGGACGAUAUUAACACCGCCAUCGAACGCCUUGAGAAAGCCGAUGUUCGAUAUCGGUUCGUGAUUGACAUUGGAAACUCCUUCAAAUAGAUGCUAAAACUUUGGUGAAUUUGCCUUUACUCACGUUUAUAAUGUUUUGCUCUAUCAUGUUGAACUCGGAAACUUUAUGAUUAUGCUCGUAAUAUUAUUUGUCGUUCAUCUUUUCUUGUUGGUGGAA